AUGGCUCUUAAGCAAUCUUUGCGUGUCUGUACUGGUGGUGAAGUGAUCGCAAGCAAGAGAAACACAUCCAAAACGCCUCCGAGCCCAGCCGAGGCGUAUGCUUACAAAAUACGGCCUCCCUGCGCUGAAGGGAAUUCGCCACCGGCGUGUGUGCGUGUGCAAAAGGUAGCCAACGGAAGGGCGCCGCACCGCAGGUUAAUCGACAGUGCGCAGUGCGCACACAACGGCGCGCACAUAGAUCAGUUCAUAGAGUCACUACAUGAAAAGGUGACCAAAUUUCCGCACUCGUAUCUGCAUCCGAACUCGACACACAAGCAGCCUUGCAUCGCGAACGGACGUGCUCUUAGUUCCGCAUGUGCGCCAGCAAACGGUACAUGUAUGUUUUCCGUGUCAACAGCCGGCAGUAAUAACAAGGGUGCAAGCGAAACGUCGCCGAGCAGUGCCGCAUCAUCGCCGCCUCUUGUCGCCAUUCCGCAGCCAGCUGAAAGCUCUCCUUCGAAGGAAGCCGUUCGUGUUCGUCAACCAUUAUUACCAGUGGUUAGUGCUAGCACCAGCCCUCAAUCGCCUUUGCCCCCGCCACCCCCUCCUCCUCGUGCAUCAACUACCUGCCUGACCACCACUCACUUGCCCACCGCUUACCGCUGUAUACCACAAACUGAAGAUCAAGCUCUUGAACACGAACCUGAGCUAUUUCAUCGACACGACAAGUUUUGUGUACUACCAAAGCCAUAUUUUGCACAGGCAAGGCUCAUAUCUUAUGCUUCAUUAUUGAUUCUACAUUAUUACGGAGACAGUUCACGGAAAGAAGAGUUAUUUGAUCACGUCUCGUUUGAAGGCUAUUUCACUUGGAGACAACUGAUGACGAUCAUAAUGAGAAUGUUGACGCACAGUUAUAGUGUGUAG